AUGAAUAAGUACGAAGUUUUGGGUAUAGUUGGCGAAGGUGCCUAUGGGGUUGUGCUGAAGUGCAGACAUAAGGAAUCAAAUGAGAUGGUGGCAAUCAAGAAGUUUAAAGAUAGCGAAGAAAAUGAAGAUGUAAGGCGUACAAUACUAAGAGAACUUAAAGUGCUUCGUCAACUCAAGCAGGAUAAUAUAGUGGAGCUCAGUUACUCAAAAUAUGGCAACAUAUUAGUACUUGAUGUAAUCGGCGAUCCUUAUUUUGAAACUAAUCUUUUGUACUCAAUUGGAAGCCUUCAGAAGAAAGGGCAAGCUUUAUCUAGUCUUCGAGUAUGUGGAAAGGAAUAUGCUAAGAGGUUCUUGAAAGAAAUGCCAAAUGGUGUAUCACCAGAGAAAGUCAGAUCAUACAUCUUUCAACUUGUGAAGGCAAUACACUGGUGCCACUCAAAUGACAUCAUUCAUAGAGAUAUUAAACCUGAAAAUCUUCUAAUUAGCAAUAAUGGAACCCUCAAGCUAUGUGACUUCGGUUUUGCAAGGAAUCUGACUGGUAGUGGCAAUGCAAAUUACACUGACUAUGUUGCAACAAGGUGGUACAGGUCACCAGAGUUAUUACUUGGUUCUGCGUAUGGUAAACCUGUUGACAUCUGGUCAAUAGGAUGCAUUCUUGGUGAACUCAGUGAUGGCCAACCACUGUUUCCUGGUGAGAGUGAAAUUGAUCAGUUAUAUACAAUACAGAAAGUGAUGGGACCACUUCCUCCAGAUCAGAUGGACAUGUUUAGAAAUAAUCCAAGGUUCUCAGGUCUUAAAUUUCCAGAUGUCAGUAAUUUUCAGACUUUAGAAAGAAAAUACUUUGGUGUCUUGAAUGCUGUUGUGUUGGAUUUCAUGAAAAAUACUUUGAGGAUGGAUCCGUCAGAGAGGUUUACAAUACAACAAUGUUUAGAUCAUAAAGCGUUUGAAACUGAGAGGCUUAUAUGUCGUGGAGGAGCUGCAAUGAUGAAAUCUGUAAGGAAACAUGCUGCAUCAGUGGUCGAUUCUAAGAGUGAGAGUAGUACACCAAGAUCUGGAUUUCCGAGACCACCUACUGGACCUCCGAUGCAUGAAAUGAUGAAUGGAGACAAUGGACAGUUAGUGGAUAUGUCUGCCAAUGGCACUAUCCCACAGGAAUAUACGCAGUCAGGAAAACAUACGCCGUUUAUAAAAUAUAGUAAAAGUGAUAAACAUUUAUCGGUGUGUAGCGUUGAUAAUAAACAAUAUGAUGUGAAUUCAAACAGCACAAAGCAUGGGAAUUCUGAUACCAAACAUUAUUGGACUUCAGACGCAAAGCAGUAUGGGAAUAACUUCCCAGAGGUCAAAUACUAUGGAGUAAACUUUUCUGAUGGUGCAGAGAGUGGCAUGGAAAACAGUCAUUAUAGUAAACAUAUAGAUGAUAGGAAACGUGCCCCCUCAAGAACUACAAUUGAAAUAGUGCCUAGACAGCAUUCAGUUGAAACUGAGUUUAUGACUGAUAGAGUUGGGAGGAAAUUUCCACAAGGUGAUAGCACAUCACCUAGAGACAGUGAUAUAAAUUCACAUAUGAAUGAUGAUAUUGAGAAUAUAGAAUGUGCUGAUACCAGGAGUAAACAUGCUGGCAGUCCACCACCAGACAGGAGGAAUGUUAAGUUCAUGGCUGGGGCUCCAAUGGAGACGGAUGUUAGGCGGGUGAAAUCCAGUGUAUUCAAAAAGAAAAGUAAAGACAAUAUUGAAAUUCAGCAAAGAACAAAACUGCCAGUAGCACAGGGUUUAAGAAGUGAAAUUCACGACUCUGAAAUGACUCCAAAAGAAGAUUCAAGUAUGAAAAUGAAAGAUAAGUACUACAAAGACAGGGAACGUGAUAGAGGGCUACAUACAGAUAAACAAACCUAUGCAGAAAAGGUCAUGUAUGGUAUUGGACCUGGACAGAUUGCUACAUUACCAAGAGAGAAACGAGCUAAAAGUCAGUAUAAUGACAUUCAUGGUAGGGCUAUCACCCCAGCGCAAACACCAGGUCCAGAUUUCACAAUACAAAAAGAGUCUUCCAGUAUACUAAUGACGCAAACGCCAGUACACAUGACACAGACUGGCUAUGGAAAAUACAACAGUGGUAGUACAACAUGGGUUAAUGCUCAGGACCAAAAUGCUCCGUGGAGACCAAAUACAGAAUUGAGAGAUAGGGAUAGUAAUAUUCAGGUUGAAUCAAGUCAUUGGAAGCUGAGCCAAGUAGCCAAGAAGAAAAAGAAAAAGAAAGCUCAACAAUUCCUGAUGGGCCCUGAUGUGAGCGAUAGAUUAGCAUUACAGAAGGCAGUCUAUGGUACAAGCCAAGCUAGACCCGCAAGGGAAUGGGACAGAAACAUGGACUAUAGACAACCUAAACCACUACGCAAAUUAUCUCAAACUCCUACCUCAGAAAAGAGUAUGUACAUAGGUACUGGUGGCCGAUUACAACCCUUACAGCCCUCAACUAAGCAACUACCAUACAUACCAAACCAACAUAGUACUUCCCAAUUCCAUACUCAAAUACAGCGUAAAAACUCUUACGAGCAACAACCCCUGCAACAGCAGUAUAGUCAGCAUUCUAAAAUAGACACUGAUCAAAGAACUGAUAUCAGACAACCUAAUUGGCCAUCAAGGCCGUCAACGCCAUCACGCCAACACCUGGAAGAUGCUCUUGCAUCAGAUUUAAAAAUAGGAGAUAAAGAAGAUGGUAGUAGGCCACCACCGAAGAAUCUGCAGCCUAUUAAAAGUGCAAAAGGGAGUCGAGUGCCAAAUAUAAUGAAAGAGACUGCGAUAUAGACAAAAAAUGGCUAUGGCAAAGGAAAUAUAAUGGUGUAAAAGCAAUUCCACUCAAGUAGAUGUACAUUUAAGGAAUACAUCGGAGAACACUGCUGUAUAGAUGAGAGAAGCCUUCUCUAAUCUGGAGUAUCAUAGCUUCAGUGUACACAAUUCAUUGUUAAUAUACUACUGUUAUGGUAUGGAGAAGUUACUGAGAAUGAGAAUUAUUUUCAUGAAAGUUGACUUCUAAUCAACUUUAUACUGCCAUUAAGUAUCUGUUUUUAUGCAUUUUUAUGAGAAGUUUCUGUUUUUGAAAGCUUCCCAGUCGUCACGCAGUAUCAAAGAUCCCAUGCAACAAAUAUAACACAUGUAAAAUACAUUGUUUGAUUACAUGAAAAUUGAAAGCAUUUCGCACAACAAAUGUGGCACCUUAAUCUGUGAGUAUGUAUUGCAUCUAGCAUUAAGCUUUAUCAAGAAACUUUACUCUACUUUUAACCUAAAUGCCAAAAAAUUCUGUUUGCAAAAUAAAAUGCUAGAUUUACCAAUGAAAUAUUCA